CUGCUGCCUUUACUCAGUUUUGGUUCAUGGCUUCAAGCUUUUAGCUUUUUCAGAGCACUAGAAAAAGCGGGUUUAGUGUUUUAGCUUUCUGUAAAUAGUUCUUACUUUAGUUUCAGUUCGUUCCUCUUAUGGAAUUAAAAUGGAGUGUUCCUGUUUUUCACCCAUGGAAUCCCUCGAAAUUCCCCACACUGCUCUUUCUAUUGCUAUCUCUGUGGUUUCUGGGCCCUUCUCGGUGUUUUGAUCUUGACCCACAAGACAAAGUCUCACUGAUACGGUUCAGGUCAUCAGUUGAUGACCCUGGCCUGAGAUUAGCAAGCUGGUCAGGGUCUAACGGCACUAACUGGACCGGUAUUUCUUGUGAAAACCAGACCGGUCGGGUUGUUUCUCUGAACCUGGCUAACAUGAAUUUGUCUGGUGAAGUGCACCCCGCCUUAUGUGAAGUUUCACUUCUUGGGUACUUGAAUUUGUCUGGUAAUAGCUUCAACGGCAUAAUUCCAACAUGUUUUGGCUCUUUGGGUAGUCUUAAAACUCUGGAUCUUAGUCACAAUAGCUUUGUUGGGUUUGUACCUGAUGAUAUCAUGAAGCUGAGGCAAUUGAAGGAACUUGUGCUGAAUGGAAACCGAGAACUCAGUGGCUUUUUGCCGUCAUGGAUCGGUAACUUUUCCACUAAUCUCGAAAAACUCAAUCUCGGCUCCAAUUCCUUUCAUGGGGAGAUGCCUGACAGCUUGUUUCAUUUGAAGUCCUUGAAGCACUUGGAUCUCGGAGACAAUUACAAUUGUUUAUCAGGCAAUAUUCAUGAGUUUCAUCAGUCCUUGGAGUUCCUCAAUCUUUCUUCGAAUCAAUUAUUCGGUACUUUGCCGUGUUUCGCUGCUUCGACUCGGAGUCUAACUGUUCUGACAUUGGCUAACAAUUCACUUGUAGGAGGAAUACCUACAUGUAUUGCCUCACUGCAAGUGUUGGCACAUCUUAACCUAUCAUUCAAUCAUCUGAGUUAUGGUAUCUCUCCCAGGCUUGUAUUUACAGAAAAAUUGCUUGUGCUAGACUUGAGUUUCAAUGAUUUAUCAGGUCCUCUCCCUGGAAAAGUUGCGGAGGCAACUGAGAAAUUGGGCCUUGUUCUUCUGGACCUUUCUCACAACCGUUUUUCUGGUAAAAUUCCGCUGAAGAACACCGAGUUGAAAAGCUUGCAAGCAUUGUUUCUGUCUCAUAAUCUGCUUACAGGGGCUAUUCCAGCAAGGAUUGGGAAUUUGACUUAUCUCCAAGUAAUUGAUCUCUCACACAACUUCUUGUCUGGUUCGAUUCCUUUGGACAUUGUUGGGUGUUUUCAGUUACUUGCAUUGCUGCUCAAUAACAACAAUCUUUCCGGUGAAAUUCAACCUGAACUCGAUGCAUUGGAUAGCUUGAAGAUAUUGGAUGUAAGCCACAAUAAGAUUUCUGGUGAAAUUCCACUAACCUUGGCAGGGUUGAAGUCACUAGAGGUUGUGGAUUUUAGCUUCAACAGCCUGUCGGGAACACUGAACGAUGCAAUAACGAAAUGGUCGAACCUCAAGUAUCUCUCCUUAGCUCACAACAAAUUCAGUGGGGAUUUACCCAGCUGGCUAUUCACUUUCGGAGCAAUCCAGAUGAUUGAUUUAUCUGGGAACAAAUUCUCAGGCUUCAUACCAGAUGGUAACUUCAAUAUUAGCUUCCACAACAACAGAGGAAGCAGUGAUAGAUCAGCAGCUAAAGAGCCAUUGUGGAAUGCUGAGAUUAAAAUUUCUGCCGUGGUCAUUGAUAGCACUGAAUUAAGCUUCAGCUACAUGGUGUCUUCAGCAGUUGCCAUCGACUUGUCGGAUAAUUUGUUGCUCGGUGAGAUCCCGGACAUUCUCUUCCAAGUAAAAGGAUUGGAGUAUCUGAAUCUAUCUUACAACUCCCUCAACGGUUCAGUUCCUAGGUUGGAGAAAAUGUGGAACUUGAAGACAUUGGAUUUGUCACACAAUUUGUUAUCUGGCCGGCUCCCAGGAAACAUCUCCACCCUUAAAAGUCUUAUACUCUUGAAUCUAUCGUACAACAGUUUUUCCGGAUCUGUUCCCGUUAACCAGGGAUAUCAAAGAUUCCCGGGAGCAUUGGCUGGUAAUCCGGGUUUGUGUACCGGCGAGGGAUGUAACAAAGCAGGUCUCCCUGGGAAGACAGCUGAAGAAGUAGAGGGACCGAUAGUUGUGUGGGUGUUUUGUGUAAGUGCUUUUGUUAGUUUCUAUUUUGGUGUUGUGGGUCUCUUUUGUUCGGCACGAGCAAGGAGUUACAUCCUCCACACUAAACUCUAAUGCAUGCUUUCUUCCAUACAUUUUAUGUAUGUAUAUCUCUGCUUCUUAAUGAGAUUAAGCUAAUGCUUAGCA